UCUUUGUAACAUGAAGAGAAAUAUAAUUUUCCAAGCAUUGAAUAAUAUUUAUUUUGAAUUUAAUUUAAACGGUUCUUGUGUCAUAUAUUUCUCUUGACCUUGUUUCUGAUGAAGAAUUUAUGACAUUGAUAAACAUUUUUUUUAUUUAUCCCCCUAAAUCGAGAUAAUUUAUAUCGUGAAUUUCUUUUUUUAAUUUUUUUUUUGGAUAUGAAUAUAAUCAUUUUAUACGUCAUAUUUUAAUUUUAAUCUAAAGUAAUGUACUUUUUUUCUUAUAAAUCUAUUUGGUGAUUAGGGCGACGUAUUAAAUAUUGAAUAACACAAAUUAUACAUUUCAUUGUCCAAGUUUAUCGAACAGUGAAUGUAAACUGGUAAUGAUGACAAUAAAUUUAGUAAUUGUUUUAGUGAUAACGUUCGCCGUCACUAUUUACGGAAACGAAAAUACAGAAUCAGAAUGGAAAUUUCCAAAAGAUUUUAUAAUUGGAGCUGCGACAGCCUCUUAUCAAAUUGAAGGAGCCUGGAACGAAAGUGGAAAAGGGGAGAGUGUUUGGGACCAUUUCACCCAUAACAAGCCCCAAUUUAUCGAGGAUGGAAGCAAUGGUGACGUGGCCUGUGACUCUUACCACAAGUACAAAGAAGAUGUGUCGAUACUUAAAGAUAUCGGCUUUGACUUCUAUCGCUUCUCAAUAAGCUGGACAAGAAUAUUUCCAAGCGGUUUUCCCAAUAAGAUCAGUGCCGAGGGAAUUAAAUACUAUCAUGAUUUAAUUGAUGAAUUAAAAGCAAAAGGUCUGGAACCGUUUGUUACAAUUUAUCACUGGGAUCAUCCGCAAGUGCUGGAAAAACUCGGUGGAUGGACCAAUGAAUUGAUGGUUGAUUGGUUCACAAGUUACGCUCGUGUUGUAAUUAAGGAAUUUGGUCCUAAAGUUAAAUUCUUUGCAACUUUAAAUGAACCGAUGGUCUUCUGUCCUGAAGGCUAUGGAGGACUCACUAAAGCUCCCGGAAUUAAUUUACAUCUCUAUGGGGAAUAUAUUUGCAUGCACAAUGUUUUGAAAGCUCACGCUAGAGUUUAUCAUAUGUACAAUGAUGAAUUUCGUUCUACUCAAAAUGGUAAAAUUGGAAUUGUCAAUCCCUGUCAGUAUUAUUUUUCGAAAGACGAAAAUGACACACAAACACGGGACAUUGCGUUUGAGUACACCUGCGGAUGGGUUUCACAUCCAAUAUUUUCCAAGGAAGGUGAUUAUCCUCAGGUGAUGAGGGACAGAAUUGAUGAGAAUAGUAAACUUCAAGGAUGGCCUACUUCGCGUUUGCCGAAAUUUACACCGGAUGAAAUUAAAUACAUCAGGGGUUCAUCAGACUUUUUUGGAUUGAAUCACUAUACGUCGUUUAUAGCAAUUCCACAGAUGAGGAAGAAGGGAUCUUUAUGGUUUAAUGAUGCAGGAUUUUACCGGACAUUCAAUCCAAAAUGGCCAGGAGCUGCGAGUUCAUGGCUAAAGGUUGUACCAGAAGGAUUCAGACAUAUGCUGAACAAAAUUAGAAAAGAGUAUCAGAAUCCAGUGGUGUAUGUUACGGAAAAUGGAUAUUCAGAUAAAGAUGGUCUUAAUGAUUAUGGCCGAAUGAAUUAUUAUUAUUCUUACAUAAAGCAAAUGUUAUUGGCUAUUAAGGAUGGUUGUAAAGUUAAGGGUUACGCAUUCUGGAGUCUUCUAGAUAAUUUUGAAUGGGAGAAAGGCUACACUGAACGUUUUGGAAUUAUUCAUGUGGACUUCAAUGACCGAGACAGAAAGAGAGAAUAUAAAAAUUCUGCAAAGUGGUUUAAAAAUGUUCUUCGUUCUCGAAAAUUGCUGCCUAUCAAUUCUACUGAUAAUUUCGUUUGAAUUAAUUAGUUGAUUAGUUGUUACUUUGUAAAUAAUUGUCAAUUGCUCAAGAAACUAAUUUUUAGUAAUCGUCAUUAAUUAUUUCCUUCUUGCACUUUCCCAAAAGAAUAAAUAAAUUGGAGAUGAUUAGCAAACGUAGAGCUAGUAUCUGCAAUUCUAAUUUUCUUUUAACCGAUCAAUCUUUUAAAAAAAAUGUUGCAUACAAAGUAUUUGCAGUAUCUUCAUCUUUUCUUUGGAGAUAAAUUUUAAAUAUAUUUUUGUAUUAAUCGUUUUUGUAUUCAUGCAAAUUAUUUGUUUUAAUAAACAUUCAAAACUGUAAA